GAUCCGAUGGUAAGGAUUUCUCCAUCGGCUUGCAAUCCUAGUGCCUCGCCGAGGCAAUGAAGCAACUCCGUGUGUCCAAGUACUCGUGGGGAUCAACUACGGUAGAUACGUGGCGUAUCGUUUGGCAAUGGAUGCCGGGCCGGCGGUGGUGGAUCGGGUGGUGAUCAUGAAAUCGACUAUUGGGGCCCGAUGUCAUGAUGCGAAGACUCUGGCCGAGAAGGAGAAACGAGAUGGGAGCGAUACAAGACACUUUCAACUUGUUCCAUCCCACCUCCAGCCAGCAUUUGAUCAUCCAAAACUCAAAGGACAGAAACCAUUGGAUCCACCAGAGAGUCCAAAAGGACAUUAUAACUCAACAACAACUAAUCAUGUCUUGAAUGAGAACAUCCAACUGUGGAGAGUGUCUGGUAAGUCAUGCCCAGAAGGGACCAUUGCCAUUGGAAGAACUACUGAAGAAGAUAUCUUGAGAGCUAGUUCUAUUAGGAGAUUCGGGAGGAAAACAAUUUCAAGAGUUCACUGUGAUUCCACUGCCAGUGGCCAUGAGCAUAUAGUUGGAUAUGUAAUGGGAGAGCAAUAUUAUGGAGCCAAAGCUGGUUUAAAUGUCUGGGCUCCAAGAGUAGCAAGCUCAUCUAAGUUUAGCUUAUCACAAAUAUGGGUCAUCUCUGGUUCCUUUGGUGAUGACCUCAACACUAUUGAAACUGGAUGGCAGAUUAGUCCACAGCUAUAUGGAGACAACAGUCCUAGGUUCUUUACUUAUUGGACAAUAAGUAACAUAGUACCAUAAGUAAAUGGCAACAACAAAAGAUAUGGUUAUAAUUGAUCAUCAUCAUAAUGUAAUGGUUGAUGCUGCAGACUGAUGCAUAUCAAGCUACAGGCUUUUAUAACCAUAUCAUUGUAAAUAACCAUAUUAACAAUGAUAUGGUUUUUAGACUACGUAUAAUUAAAUAAAUCUAUUAAUUUCUUUGUCUUGAUCAUUCUGUAGAAUUUCAUGAAAGUGAAUGGACAUUUGAUUGGCUUCCUUAUAGGAACUAUGCAAGUUUUGAUGUAAAAUGAUAUUUGGCUAUGUAUCUUGCUAAUAAGAUGUGGGCACUUUUCAGUGAGGUGUAUUUAUUAUAUAUAGUUUGAGCUUCUGCAUUGUAUUAAUUUAAAUUGUUGACUAUUGAGGACUUAAUGGUUGUUUCUGCAUAUUUUUUAUCUGGUCUCCAUGAGGCAAUGAUUCAUGGCUUAUUCAAAAGUUAAAAUUUUGAUCAGAUUGGAAGAUUGCUUACUCAAAAGUUUUAUCUAUGAGUAAUUUAAUUCCCUGGAAAUUGAUUGGCGAUUUUAAUAUAGAUUUAUUUAGUUAAUUAUUGUUAAAUUAUCUUGGAAUUCUACUUAUUGUUUAGGCAGUAUAUUUUAUCAAUUGUAGUUAAUGCAUUCUUUGUUA